ACAUAAAAUAAAAUAAAAUUACAAAGUUCGAUAUUCAAUUUUCAGUGCUGUCUUUACUCUCUCCCACUGUCCGUACCCAUGGAGACCUCUUCUUCGACGCUUUCGUCUCCUUCGACCCCUCGCUGGAACUCCGACAGGCCUUUCCUCACAGGUCGCUUUCACCAGGAAACCAAGACCACCUCCCGCUUCGCCGAAACGAAGAGCCAUUCCGUUGAUUCUUUUAGCCUGGGAUCGGAAAAUCCUAUUGGGUGUUACAAUGCUGCGGUUCAGGAACUUAUUCUUAUUGAUGACCUACUUUCUGCAUUGGUUGGAAUUGAAGGAAGAUACAUUUCCAUUAAAAGGGUCCGUGGAAUGGAGGAUAGUUUUACUUUCCAGGUGGAUGCGUCCAUGGAUUUAGCACUACAGGAAUUAGCUAAGCGGAUUUUUCCAUUGUGUGAAAGCUUCAUGUUGAUCAACCAAUUUGUUGAAUCAAGGUCACAAUUCAAGAAUGGCCUGGUCAACCAUGCUUUCGCUGCUGCACUAAGGGCACUGCUUCUAGAUUACAAUGCCAUGGUGGCACAGCUUGAACAUCAAUUUCGACUUGGAAGACUCUCACUACAAGGGUUGUGGUUUUACUGUCAGCCAAUGAUGGGGUCCAUGCAAGCAUUAUCAUCUGUCAUACAGAAGACUUCUGCUAACAAUUUUGCAGGCUCUGCAGUUCUUAACCUCUUGCAAAGCCAGGCUAAGGCAAUGGCUGGUGAUAAUGCUGUAAGAUCCUUGCUAGAAAAGAUGGCACAAUGUGCAAGCAAUGCAUACCUUAGCAUAUUAGAGAGGUGGGUCUACGAAGGGGUAAUUGAUGAUCCUUAUGGUGAAUUUUUCAUUGCUGAGAACAAAACUCUUCAGAAGGAGAGCCUAACACAAGAUUAUGAUGCUAAGUAUUGGAGGCAACGCUAUAGUCUUAAAGAUGGGAUUCCCAGUUUCCUUGCAAAUACAGCCGGGACUAUUUUGACAACAGGAAAAUAUCUAAAUGUCAUGAGAGAAUGUGGGCACAAUGUUCAGGUUCCUGUAUCAGAAAGCUCAAAAUUGAUGAGUUUUGGUACAAAUCAUCAUUAUCUUGAAUGUAUAAAAUCAGCUUAUGACUUUGCCAGUGGAGAGCUCCUUAAUCUCAUCAAAGAAAAGUAUGAUCUUAUGGGAAAACUGCGAUCUAUAAAGCACUAUCUUCUACUUGAUCAGGGUGAUUUCCUGGUCCAUUUUAUGGAUAUAGCCAAGGAUGAGCUGAUAAAAAAGGUUGAUGAGAUUUCUGUGGAAAAGCUGCAGUCUCUGCUAGACCUAGCUUUGCGUACUACAGCAGCUGCAGCUGAUCCUUGCCAUGAGGACUUAACGUGUUGUGUGGAAACAUGUUCUUUGCUCAAAAGACUAGGCACUCUCAAAGAUAUUGAAAAUAGCAGAAAUGCUCUCGAUGGUAAUGGCCUAGAGGAGCCAGUAAAUGUAACCGGACUUGAGACACUUUCAUUGAGUUACAAGGUUCGAUGGCCAUUGUCGAUAGUUAUCUCUAAAAAAGCUCUAACUAAGUAUCAGUUGAUUUUCCGCUUUCUUUUCCACUGCAAACAUGUUGAUCGUCAGCUUUGUGGGGCUUGGCAAGUGCAUCAAGGAGUUCGUAGCCUUAAAAUGCGUGGAACUGCCAUUCCCAGAUCAUCAUUGCUCUGUCGCAGCAUGCUUAAAUUUAUUAACAGCCUUCUACACUAUCUAACAUUUGAGGUUCUUGAACCAAACUGGCAUGUGAUGCAUAAUAGACUUCAGUCGGCAAAGAGUAUAGAUGAGGUUAUCCAGCACCAUGACUUUUUUCUUGACAAGUGUCUGAGAGAAUGUUUGCUUCUUUUGCCUGAGUUACUCAAGAAAGUGGAGAAACUGAAAUCUCUAUGUGUACAGUAUGCUGCCGCAACACAGUGGUUAAUAACAUCUUCUAUCGAUAUUCCCAGCAUAGAUGAAUCAUUUGAUGAUUCAAAAGUGUCAGAAAAUUCCAAGCAACUGAAGUCACGGAGCCCAUCUCAUGCACUAAAAUUAAGUUCCAGCAAUACAAAUGUCACAGAUGCCAUACUCAAUUUUGAGAGGGAAUUCAACACGGAGCUUCAGAGCCUUGAACCAAUUCUUAGCAGUAGUUCCCAAGCAGAGCCACAUCUGACCCACCUAGCACAGUGGAUCUUAGGCGUUGGAAAUGAGCAAUGAAUUUAUGAAGAUCCUACACUACCUUGAGUUGCUACACUGUUAACAAACUGUAUAUAUAUUUUCUCUGCGAUGGACUUGUGCAUGUGUGUAGAAUAUCUAGUUCAAGAGUGAGUCAGAUGAUUUUUUUUCGAAAGUAAAAGUUUUCUUUGUGCGAUGGACAUGUAAAAUGAUCUGUCUUCUUCACAUUUGGCUACCAGUGUCAUUCUCAUUGUUUAUAAGAGCGCUUUUUAUUCGCCUUUCA